AUGCAUUUCUCCAAGACAUACCAGCAGCUGCUGCUUACCCUGCCGGUCGAGCUCAGGGAUAGCGCGAUCGAGUACCGGAAGUUGAAAAAGCUGAUAAACAAGGUGGUGAAUGAGCUCAACUCUAUUGGUCUUUCACCGGAUGUGCUGCAGGAAGUGCUGGGACAGGGCGAUAUCUCUACCACUCGGACCAUCAGAGUGAAUGACCAUGAAGUCAAAGUGAUAUAUGAACUCAGCAAUGUAGCCGACCACAUCGAGCCUCGUUUGCGUCUUAUUGGAUCGCAGGAGGCACUGGGUUCACCCUCUUCCCCACGUUCGGCAAGCCUUCCAGGCGCACUCGAUGCUGCCACCGAUGAAGAGUCUAUAGCUGUCACUUUGCCUCCAGGCGAAGGCGCCGGAGAAGACAGUACUGCCGUUUCGGUUGAGGAAAUCAUCACACCGUCAGCCCUAUCCUCUUUACUCCAGGAGAUUGUCGCACCUGACACGCACGAGAUUAUCAUCCCUCUCGUGUCCGACACUGCAUUCUAUCAGCUCCUGACGCAGGCGUUGCAGUAUUUGAACGCGAAACUCGCGGUGGCUAUCGGCGAGAAUCUGCUGCCCAUCAUCCCCCAUAUUGACGACUAUGCUUGCCUCAUUUGCACGAAUAUUGCGUUCAAGCCAAUUCGCCUGUCUUGUGGGCACCUCUUCUGUGUCAGAUGUCUCGUGAAGAUGCAGAAGAGGGGGCAAGGACAUUGCCCGAUGUGCCGCGCCCCGAACGUCCUGUCUGCAGAUCGCUCAAACGUUGAUUGGGCGCUGCUCAAUUUCAUGCAAGACUGGUUCCCAGUUGAGUCUAAACAGAAGCUACGGCAGAAUGAGAAGGAGGUCGCCGAAGAGGAGUGGGAAGAGCUGGGUAUCGAGGUUGGUAACUGCGUGGUGAUGUAG